AUGCUUAUAGUAGGACUAACAGGAGGAAUUGCAUGUGGGAAAUCAACAGUUUCAAAAGAAUUACAAACUAAAUAUAAUUUAAAAAUAAUAGAUGCAGAUUUAAUUGCAAAACAAGUUGUUGAACCAGGUAAACCAGCUUAUAACAAAAUAAUUAAAGAAUUUAAACCAUAUAUACCUAAUUUAAUAAAUGAAGAAGAUCAAACACUUAACAGGGCAAAUUUAGGUCAAUAUGUAUUUGAAAAUAAACAUGAAUUAAAAAAGUUAAAUUCAAUAGUUCAUCCAGCUGUAAAAUAUGAAAUUUUAAAACAAAUUCUUUUGAGCUAUAUAAAAUUAAAUGAUAUGAUAAUAUUAGAUGUUCCAUUAUUAUUUGAAUCAAAAUUAUAUUUAAUUUGUGGAAUUAUUAUUACAGUUUCAAUAUCACCUCAAAUUUUACAAAUUAAAAGAUUAAUUGAAAGAAAUCCUGAAUUAACGGAACUUGAUGCGAAAAAUAGAAUAAAUAAUCAAAUGUCAAUGGAUGAAAGAAAUUAUAAAAGUGAUUAUAUUUUAGAUAAUUCUGGUUCUUUAAAAGAUUUAACAAUUUCAAUUGAAAAAUUAAUUAAAAAAAUAAAACCUAAUAAAAUAUGGACUAUUUUAGAUUUAAUUCCACCUAUUGGUUUAUUAUCUGCAUUAUAUACAUUUGUAACAAGACGAAUAAUUGAAAAAUAUAAAAAUAAAGACCUAAAACAAGAGUAA